AAAACGUCACGAUCUUCAAAAUUUAUUGUGGCGGCAAAUCAUUAUGUGGGACGGGUGAACAUCUCUUUCAGUUCCACACUAAACUAAUUAUUUGAUCGCCUUGAUACCAAAAGCGAUGGCCGAUGAAAGUAGGAAGGUGUUUUGGUUGACGGUUGGAUUAGUUUCUGGUGUAAGUACGGCGUAUUGCUUAAGUGAACUUCGACGAAUUUUGCGCCAAAAAUGCAUUCGACGUCAACUAUCCGACAUGGAAGACAAAAUCAUUCGACUCGAGGACUUGGAGGUCCUUUGUCGUUCAACAAACCUGGCCUUAAAACGGAGCGCUGAACAGCUACUUCUCGAUCGCGCAAUGGAUAAGCAGAAUUUAGAAUUUAUUAUUCACGCUUGUUUUAGUGCAGACGAGAUGCAAGUUCUAAAGGGGGUCACAGUUCUUGGAGUCUUGAUAAAAUCCAGCGAGUACCACCGCCGUUUAGUUGACAAUGGCGUCAUAGAGGGUUUGGCUCAUUGUCUGAAUCAUUCCUUGGCUCCAGGAUACAUUAAACUAUCAGAGGAUGGUUAUAAAGAUGUUAAAUUACAGCGCAUUGCUUCGUCUGCAUUAUUUGACCUUAUUUGUGACGAAGAGUCCUUUAAGGCUCGCCUCGGACACUCCAGUCCGCAGAUAGUCCCAACGCUCCUCAAACUCAUGUUUGAAUCCAAGAGCAAAGAGGUUAUUCGCUGGAGUAUCUUUGUUGCACAUCAGUUGUCUUUGUGCGACGAAGUGCGCCCAGCUCUGUUAGAGAAUGAUGUCAUAGGAAUAGUAUCCCAGAUGGUUGUUCGUAACCAAGGUGAUAAUGUGUUGAUGAGGCUAUGCCUUCAGACGCUUGUGAUGUGCAUUAAUACUAAUGAGGAAGGUGAGAUACAGCAAUUACGUGAGAUGGCAAGUCAUGGGAUUGUGCGUCCUGCCGUCAUGUGCUUAAAGUCAGAUGACAGUGACCUGAUUUACUGGGCAGGAGCGUUAAUUCACGAGUAUUCAGUUAAGGACCAGUUCAAAUCUCAGAUCUGUGAGAUACCCAACGUAGUAAGGCUGUUUUUAGGAGUUCUUUCUACCAGUGAGGCCAUCCUUCAGAGAAUCAUCCUUCGUGUCCUCAGCUUCCUCUGUGUUGGAAAUAAUGACUUUAGGUCUAGUGUCUUGGAUUGCAAAGGCUUGCUGUCAAGGUUGCCUGUCUGUAUGGCUUCUGGUGACAAGGAUGUGGUUCAUUGGGCUGUGGUAUUGCUUCAUGACUUACUACUUUCAACAGGGUCGUCCAAUAAAACAAGCAAGAAUGCCGGGGAGAGAGUUGUGAACACAUCUGGGAAUGUGAUGAAGGCGUUAGCAUCCCUUGCCAGUAGCAAAGACAAGAUUCUUGUCCGGCUUGUUGCAGAGAUUAUUGGUUACUUCUGUUCAAUAGACAAUCCUCCUGCUAACCUCAUGACACAGAUCAUCUAUGACGGUCCUUUGGAAGCCAUUCUUACCUUCUCACAGUCUACCGAGACGGACCUCCAGUACUGGUCCUCAGCCGUAUUAUUAAACCUGGUCAUGCAGUUUGACAAGAUCAAGACGGAAAUAAUCAAACUAGGAGGGGUAAAGACACUAAUUGAGCUGUCAAUUAGUGAUUGUGAGCACCCCAGUAUUCCUACAAAUGCCGCCAAGACCUUGGUCAUGUUAGGCUUUGUAGACAGCCAAAUCAAGGUGGGGGUCAAAGGAGGCGGCCUUGAGCAUGGGGACUACAUGAGUAUUGUCAUAGAUGACAAGCAAUACUGCAAUAACAGCCAUGGAGUCAAUAUUGUUGUUCUUGAGAUGCUCACCUUUAAAGUCUUGCAUGUCUUUUCGUAUGAGACCAGCCGUGACCUUUCUGCUGUGUGUCGGAUGGUGGAGGACAUCGGUCGGAUACCAGUGGGAGCAAUUGUAGUGUUGGGUGUCAGGGGUGAAGCUAACCAUUGUAUGACAGAUGAUGCUCAAGAGGCAUUCAGGGAACUUGGAGUAGAAAAUUUCAACUUCAAGACUGGACAGAUGUGGGGGUUUGUUGGACAAAAGAAAAAAGACCAUAUUGGAGAACAAAUAGCGAUUCACAGGAACUACGACCAUAUGGCUUUGGAGGCUGGAGUCAAUUUAGGUCGGGUUGUGAAUGAGAUGGUACAAACAAAUAUCUUGCUACCCUUAAUGGACCUAAUGAUGUCAACACCACCAACAUCACCAAUCAACAAGUUUGCUGAGUUGGAGUUGCUGACUAUCAUGGCGCGUCAUGAUGAUCAUAAACAAGUAAUGGUGGGUUUCGCGGGAUUUCUUGAGUACAUGGCUGACCUGAUAUGUCAUGUUGCCCUUAAGACGCCAUUGUUUCUACGAGAGAAUCCCAUGGUGGUGGCACACUGUAUUGGUGCCAUGAAGAUUAUCAGCGGGAUCAGUAUCACGGAUGAUUUUCAUGAACCUCUUCUGGAAUCAGGAGUCUUGAGCUCCGUUCUCACAGUGCUGCACUUCAUUAAUGGGAUGGCACUGCAGAAGCUUGGCCAGCAACAAGAAGGGAUGUCCCCCACCCUUUCGCCUAAGCGUGUUCAUGGGGUGAUAAACGAUAAUGAUGAAGAUGAGAAUUGUGCAGGAUUUGGUGGCGAGGAGACAGGGAAAGUUCUUCCUGCAGUGGACUCCAAACCGAGAGUUGCAUUUGAUGAAAAUGUUACGUUUGACGAACGGAAGCCAUCUGUCACGCAAUCUGAGUCCAGUGCAGUCACUGAAGACUUCGAGGACGCAUUCCCAAGCAUCGUGAGGCUCGCUGUCACUGUUAUGUAUAACUGCAUGGGGCUGUUCGCCCACAUGGAGGUCGCACGUGACUCACUUUUCACAUCCGGGACCUUCCAGACGCUCUGGUGCACACUGCUGACCAGCACUGGGCCAACGCUGGCGCAAAUUGGGCUCCCUGUGGAGGUGUUGCUAAAUUGUUGUGCUUGUAUGGCAGCUGGGGAAAGGAGUUUGCCAGAUAACUUGAUGGAGUUAGACGAGAGGGUGAAAACACCGGCACUUGUGCUGAGUGCAGAUCGUCUCGAGGCUUAUAACAUGAACUGGACCUUUGAGAGCAUUCGGGCAACUUAUUGCGUAGGACAUGCGAUGUAUAAGGCAUCACCACACCCAUCGGGAUGGUACUACGAGGUGAUUCUCAAGUCCAAUGGCAUCAUGCAGAUAGGCUGGCAAACGGAGGAGUGUCGGUAUGGCCCGGAGAGAGGUGUUGGGGUUGGGGAUGACAAACAUUCCUGCGCUUUUGACGGAGCCCGCUGCAAGAUCUGGAGCGGGCCGCCGAGCGAGCAGCAAAAUAAUGAUUACGGCGUUGAGUGGCAGAUUGGUGAUGUGCUAAGCUGCCUCUUCUCAUGGGAAGGUGAUGUAUCGUUUUGGUUGAAUGGCAGGGAUCAUGGAGUGGCCUUCACAAGCCUCAACACAUCCAUCAACUGGUAUCCGGCAGUCUCCCUAGCCAUGGACCAACACUGCAUCUUCAACUUCGGCAGCAUGCCAUUUCGAUACGAAGUCCCCGAUGACUACGUCCCUGUGUGUCACGUGACCAAGUACCCUCGUCGCGCACAAUUGCGCCCGUCCUGGGUACCGCUCAGCGGUAGCUUCGAGAGCAUCGUGGAGGAGGAGGAAGAAGACACGUCAUCACAGCUGGCAACAGGAAUAGAAAGUCCAUUACUCUCACCAGCCAGUCCUACUCGUUCUUCUGUAGAUUCGGAGGAAAAGCAUUUCAAUACGGUCGAGACGUCUGAAGAAGCCAAGCCACGAAGGCGGAAUCCUUCCGGCAUGGGACCCUUCGCCAGUUCUUUUAAUCAAUUCAGCACCCCGAGAGUAGAGGUCGGAAAUCACGACAAUGCAUGGCUAGAUGACAAGUUUACGCUGAGCCCACAGUUCCCGCGCAUGCUCAGUGAGUCAAGCGGUCAGUUCUCUUCGCCUCUUUACUCGGACCCAUUCUCCCCGAUGGAGCUUAUCCAGUCGGUCUCGGAACCCAUGUCGUUGCCGUGUUUCUAUUUCGAAGCUGAGUUAAAAUGCGCAUCGUCUAAGGUCAAGCAAAUCGGCUUCGUCGACUCCAAAACGGGCCAGAAGAUAUUCUGCGACGUUCGUGACGACCAACUUUACCUUCCAGCUUACGCAACCAGGCCUUUGGAGGGUCAGACUAGCUGUAAAUGCCCGGAUGUCGUAGGAUGCGGUGUUAUGUGGCCAGCGGGUGUUGUCAUCUUCACGAUGGACGGAGUUGGUUCUGAGCACAGCUACACCUUUACGCCCAAUAGGCCCGUUGAGGCAAAAAAUCUCGUACCGUUUAUUUCCUGUUCGCGAAUCCGCUGUAAUUUUGGUCAGCGGAGAUUCUUGUUCGAGUAUGCGAACUCCAAGGACGUGUCCUACACUGUCGGAACUAUGCUACAUAGCCACGGGCUAAGCGCGCAGGUCGAGUACUCUACCACGCCCAGUUGCGACACGUGAUAUUAAUUGACGCAAUGGUUUCAACGUUAGGGUAAUAAUAGGGACCUUAACAACGACGGCAACGACGUGGGUGACGGCGGCGCAAACAAAAAUAGAAUUGAAUUUAGGAUUUAAUAGCAGCAUGCGAGAAUGCGUUCUGUCUGAUACAUUUCAGCCUAUAUCCACCAAACCACGACGUGAAAACUCCAAGUUUCACGAUCUAUUGCGCUGUGAACCCCUCUAACUGUGUUCUAAAGGACUAUAGAAUGUCCUAGGUUUAUUUCUAUGUCUCACAAUAAUGUUUUGAUUAUUCCAUUGCUAAAAGAUUAAAAUAGAUUAAAUAGAUUAAAAUUUUGUUUUGAAA